AUGGGUCACCAACAGCUCUACCAGAGCCAUCUGAGGAAAGAGGAAAUUUGGCCAGGGUUCUCACCUUGCCGCAUCUGCUCACACCAGUACUGUGUGAUCUGGCAAUAUGGCCUCAGUAUGUGCCGCCAGUGUUUCCAUCAGUUCUCAAAGGAUAUAGGCUACAUUAAGUUGGACUAAGUGAAUCUCCUUGAAUGGGUCAUCCAAGAUACCUACCUACCUUAAUGCCAACUCAUUGUACAUAAAAUAAAAAUACUUCAAUUAUGAAAAACAACACAUUGGAGAAACCACUCUUUCUCUAAAAACACAAA